ACACAAACGUGUGACUGAGACUCACAUAUGAAUUGAGCUGCAGCAGAGCCGCUGGUGAUCUGAUGCUCUGCUCCACACACUUGCAAAGGGCUUUGAAAGUGAACGUAAAGUAGCACAGCCGCCGUUCACAAGCAAAAAUGGGAGUUGGGGAUGGACGGGACCAGUACGAGUUGGCGGCAACGUCAGAGCAAGGAGGAAAGAAAAAGAACAAAAACAAGAAGAAGGAGAAAGAUAUGGAUGAGCUGAAAAAGGAAGUGGAUUUGGAUGAUCACAAACUAACUUUGGAAGAGCUCCACCGCAAAUAUGGUACAGAUUUGAGCAGAGGUCUCACAAGCGCUCGUGCAGCGGAGAUUCUGGCCCGGGAUGGUCCUAAUGCCCUCACUCCACCUCCAACCACCCCAGAGUGGGUGAAGUUCUGUAAGCAGAUGUUUGGAGGUUUCUCCAUGCUGUUGUGGACUGGUGCCGUUCUCUGCUUUCUUGCGUAUGGCAUUCAGGCGGCAAUGGAUGAUGAGCCAGCUAAUGACAAUCUGUACUUGGGAGUUGUGCUAUCAGCUGUGGUGAUCAUCACUGGGUGUUUCUCAUACUAUCAAGAGGCUAAGAGCUCAAAAAUUAUGGACUCUUUUAAGAAUUUGGUUCCGCAGCAAGCAUUGGUUGUCCGUGAUGGUGAGAAGAAGCAUAUUAACGCUGAAGACGUAGUGGUUGGUGAUCUGGUGGAGGUAAAAGGUGGUGACAGGAUCCCUGCUGACCUGAGAAUCAUAGCCUCACACGGCUGCAAGGUGGAUAACUCCUCUCUGACUGGAGAAUCUGAGCCUCAGACACGGUCCCCGGAUUUCUCAAAUGAUAAUCCUCUAGAGACAAGGAAUAUUGCUUUCUUCUCCACCAACUGUGUAGAAGGUACUGCACGUGGCAUCGUCAUCAGCACUGGAGACCGUACUGUAAUGGGCAGAAUCGCAACACUUGCAUCUGGACUAGAGGUUGGGCGCACACCCAUCUCCAUUGAGAUUGAGCACUUCAUUCACAUCAUCACAGGCGUGGCUGUUUUCCUGGGUGUCUCUUUCUUUGUUCUGUCUCUUGUUCUUGGUUACUCCUGGCUGGAAGCUGUUAUCUUUCUUAUUGGCAUCAUUGUGGCCAAUGUGCCUGAAGGUCUUCUUGCUACCGUCACGGUUUGUCUCACCCUCACAGCUAAACGCAUGGCUAAGAAAAACUGUUUGGUUAAGAACCUUGAGGCUGUGGAAACUCUGGGCUCAACCUCAACCAUCUGUUCCGAUAAAACUGGCACAUUAACGCAGAAUCGCAUGACCGUAGCCCACAUGUGGUUUGAUAACCAGAUCCACGAGGCUGACACCACAGAGAAUCAGAGCGGGACCUCCUUUGACCGCAGCUCGGCCACCUGGGCAUCAUUGGCUCGUGUUGCUGGGCUCUGCAACAGGGCUGUGUUCCUGGCGGAACAGACAGAUGUGCCAAUUCUGAAGAGAGAUGUUGCUGGAGAUGCGUCUGAAUCUGCUCUGCUGAAGUGCAUUGAGCUUUGCUGUGGAUCAGUGAAAGAAAUGAGAGACAAGUACUCCAAAGUGGCAGAAAUCCCUUUCAACUCUACAAACAAAUAUCAGCUGUCGGUGCACAUGAACCCAAAUGGUGGCACAGAGUCGAAACACCUGCUGGUGAUGAAAGGAGCCCCAGAGAGAAUCCUGGACCGCUGUGCUACUAUAUUGAUCCAAGGGAAGGAGCAACCUUUGGAUGAUGAAAUGAAAGAAGCCUUUCAGAAUGCUUAUCUGGAACUCGGGGGCCUUGGAGAAAGAGUUUUAGGAUUCUGUCAUUUCUACCUCCCUGACGAACAGUUUCCGGAAGGUUUCCAGUUUGAUACUGAUGAUGUGAAUUUUCCUACUGAGAAUCUGUGCUUUGUGGGUCUGAUGUCAAUGAUCGACCCUCCACGUGCUGCUGUACCUGAUGCUGUGGGCAAAUGCAGAAGUGCAGGAAUCAAGGUUAUCAUGGUAACCGGUGACCAUCCAAUCACUGCCAAAGCCAUAGCAAAGGGUGUUGGGAUUAUUUCUGAGGGUAAUGAGACUGUGGAAGACAUUGCUGCUCGCUUGAAUAUCCCUGUCAAUGAGGUCAAUCCCAGAGAUGCAAAGGCCUGUGUGGUUCACGGUGGAGACCUGAAGGACCUCUCAUGUGAACAUCUAGAUGACAUUCUGAAGCACCACACAGAAAUUGUUUUUGCUAGAACGUCACCACAGCAAAAACUGAUUAUUGUAGAGGGUUGUCAGCGACAGGGAGCCAUAGUGGCUGUAACAGGGGAUGGUGUGAAUGAUUCUCCAGCACUGAAGAAGGCAGAUAUCGGUGUUGCUAUGGGCAUUGCUGGCUCAGACGUGUCCAAACAGGCUGCUGACAUGAUCCUCCUGGAUGACAACUUUGCCUCAAUUGUCACAGGUGUAGAAGAAGGUCGUCUGAUCUUUGACAACUUGAAGAAGUCCAUUGCUUACACCCUGACCAGUAACAUCCCUGAGAUCACACCCUUCCUGUUCUUCAUUAUCGCCAACAUCCCCUUGCCUCUAGGAACUGUUACCAUUCUGUGUAUUGACCUGGGAACAGACAUGGUCCCUGCUAUUUCUCUGGCAUACGAGGCUGCUGAAAGUGAUAUUAUGAAGAGACAGCCCAGAAACCCUAAAACAGACAACUUGGUGAAUGAAAGACUUAUUAGCAUUGCAUAUGGACAGAUAGGUAUGAUUCAGGCUCUCGCUGGAUUUUUCACAUACUUUGUCAUUCUUGCUGAAAAUGGCUUUUUACCAUCAAGACUACUAGGAAUUCGUGUACAUUGGGAUGACAAGUAUAAUAAUGACCUGGAGGACAGUUAUGGGCAACAAUGGACAUAUGAACAGAGAAAGAUCGUGGAGUUCACGUGCCACACAGCGUUCUUCGCCAGCAUUGUGAUCGUGCAGUGGGCCGAUCUGAUUAUCUGCAAGACCAGGCGUAAUUCCGUCUUCCAGCAGGGAAUGAAGAACAAAAUCCUGAUCUUUGGAUUGUUUGAGGAAACAGCACUGGCGGCUUUCUUGUCUUAUUGCCCUGGCAUGGAUGUGGCUCUCCGAAUGUACCCACUCAAGAUCAACUGGUGGUUCUGUGCCUUGCCAUACUCUCUUCUCAUCUUUAUUUAUGAUGAAAUCAGAAAGCUCAUCCUUAGACGCAAUCCCGGAGGAUGGGUGGAAAGAGAGACGUACUACUAGACCAUCAUGUUAGCACUACUUCUGCGUGUUAUCUUUGUGGCGUAACAGUAGUUUUGCUGUUCUGAAUUUAACCUGUACAUUUUUACAAAUAUUUUUAUAUAGAAUGGUUGUAGUACUAAGAACAUGCUGACAUGCUAAAGAUAGACUUGGAAAAAUUUGGAAAAGUUUUUAAUUGUGUAAUUUGAAUAAACUGUGUCGACUUCACUAAAAUCUGAUCUCAUUCAAUAACUUACUGCCUUUGUUAACUUAAGUUAACUUAUACUUGUGGCAGAACAGGGAUAGGUAAAGUUGCAUGUUAUAUAGUUUGUACUUCAUUUAACUUGCUCAGUGGAUGAGUCUUUCGAGAUGGCUAAGAGCCUAGUAACCCAGAAGAAUAGAAACAUGUUGGCAUGGAUACACAGCAAGAGCCCUAAACUAUUUGAUUCAGAAUUUAAGGAACAGAAUGUGCCUGUAUUUUCCUCUCAGUCCUUCAUUCAUUCAGAGCCCAGUGGAAUGUUAAGCCACUCUCUGCUUUUUGUUUUUCUUCUGCAGUAGUGUUUCUGUUGAUUUGGUAUAACACAUACCCCGAAACUAAAAAGAACGUGUACUGUAUGAUUCAUUUUGAGCAUGAGCAACAUGAAAGGGCAGUGACACACAUCCCCUUUCCACCUCUAGAUCAAUACUUUUCAGCCCACAGUAGAAUGUGAUUCAUCAGUCUAUUAGUGCAUAGUGAAAGCCUUUUUUUUUCUGCAGCCAAAUCAAAAUGCAAAAAAAUCCCACUCAAACUUUAUUGUUAAUGUGAGCAAAAACAUGUCAUUUUGGCAUAUUGAGUCUAGAACUGAAACAGUGGUUAAAUAUAUACUGUAAAGCUUACAUAUUAUUCAGGAAUAUAUUGAGAAUAAAUGUCAUGCCACUGUAAGCAAGAAAAAAGACAACAAAUAUAUAUGAAUAGAUUUAUAUUUAUGUCUAAACAAAAACAAGACUGAAACACAAGACUGUUGAGACACCGUUAAAAAUAAACAUGUUAUGACUGUCAUAAGGGGUCUUAUUUUGAAUUUUAAUCUAUUUAUUUUGAAUUAAUUGUGUGUGUGUGUGUGCGCACCUGGUAUUUAUCACAUUAUGGGGACCAAAUGUCCCCACAAGGAUAGUAAUACCAGUAAAUUUUGACCUUGCAGGGACAUUUGUGAGGUCCCCAUGAGGAAACAAGGAAAAGUGUGCACAGUCUCCUGUGAGGGCUAGGUUUAGAUGUAAGGUAGGUGUAGGGUGAUAAAAAAUAGGGUUUGUACAGUAUAAAAACCAUUGCACCUAUGGAAUGUCCCCAUAAAUUGAAACACAACGUGUGUGUGUGUACUUGUUUGUGCUACAUUGUGGGGACCAAAUGUCCCCACAAGGAUAGUAAAACCUGAAAUUUGCGGUCCCCACAAUGUUAAAAAAUGAUUAAAAAUAGUAAAUGAUGUUUAUCUGAAAGUGUAACGAUGCAAACAUGUCUUCUGUGAGGGCUAGGUUUAGGGUUAGGCUUGGGUUAGGGGAUAGACAAUAUCGUUUGGUCAGUAUAAAAUCUAUAGAAGUCUAUGGAAAGUCCCCACAAUUCACAAAAACAAACAUGUGUGUGUGUGUGUGACUAUAUGGCACAAUUUCUUUUUAUUUAAUUAAAACUCCUCUUGUGUUUAUGCCGAACCCAACACCUGACCCUAAUCUGGCUGAUCCUGAUCCAGGUCCUGACAGAGCCAGAUGGGUCCAUGGUCAAUAUUAAUCUCAUUCAUGUCAAUUCUGUCCAGUUUAAUUGUCUUUUUUUUAAUGUGCAUUUAUCCCCUGUCAACCUUCUUGUUCCACACCUGUGCCUAGUUAACCUAUUGAGUGUUUUUAUAAAUCUGCGGUUUGUCUAAUGCCUUUUCAAAUCAGUGUGAGCUGGAAACUGCAUUGGAUGAGCCAUUCUUUAUAGGUGUUUUGUUUUCUUACAUUUUGUCACUGUUUUCCUGAUUGUCUAUUAAAUUAAAAAUUGUGGAUUUUGAA